AUGGAGUAAGGAGGGCAAUACUAUAACAAAUUACUAGAAGAUAAUGAUCAAUAUAAAACUAAUCUCUAGUAUAAAGGCUAAUAAAUGGAAUAUCUGAUACAAGAGAAUAAUAUGUAUAAGGAUCAAAUGCUUCAAUUGUAGGAAGAAAAUGAUUAGAUCACUCAAGAGAUAACCAAUUUACAAGAAAUGCUCAACCAAAAUGAAUUAUAUCAUCAAGACCCCAUCAAUAUCUAAAACUCUGAUUAAAAGAAAGAUAAAAAACACUCUAGAAGACAAAUCAAAGAAUUGGAGAAAUUGGUAAUUAAGAGAGAAUAGGAAUUAAGUCAUCUAUAUGGUAAAAUGGAGGAUAUGAAAAAUUAUAUUACUUAGAUUAAGCAUCAAUCUGAUAAAUACGAAUAAAAUUUAUAACAACUAUAUAAAGAUUAUUAAUAAUUGGAGGCAGAAAGAAACAAGUAUGUUCACAAGAUUGAUUAGAUGCAAAAUUAUAAUGAGAGAUACUCAACCUUAUAGUAAUAGUUAUAAAAUCAGGAGAAACAUAAAAAUAAAGAAUAUCAUUCUUUAAAAAACUAAUGCGAUCAAUUGUAAAUGCAUAAUUUGUAGUAUUAAUAAUAAAUACAAACUAUUAAUGACGAAUACGGAAAAUUAUCAUAAUAAUGUAUAGAUUUAUAGGAAUUGAAUGAGCAAUAUAUGCAAGAAUCUUAAAUAUUAAAGGACUCUUUAAUUGAGAAAGAUCAAAAGCUUGAAAGAAUGUAAUUACAACUAUAACAACUAUAAUAGAAAGAUCUUUAAAUCUAAUAAUAAGUCCGAGAUCAUAAUUAGCAGCUUAAAGAAUUUUAAAAUAAUAAAUAAGAAUUUUAGAGUCAGAUAAUAUAAUUAUAAAGAGACAAUCAACAAUUUUGCAAUUAGAUCAAUACAUUGAAAGAAUAAUAAACUAAAGAGCUUAAGGAUCACCUCAACAUUCAGGAGCAAUACAAAAAGGAAAAGCAAACCUUAGUAGAUAGAAUAAAGAUGCAAGAUGAAAGGUUUUCUGAAAUGGAAAUUAAGUACAAAAACAUUGAAAUAUAUUUGAAACAAGUGGAAGAAGAAAGAUUGUAUAGAGCCUAAGCUGAAUAGUAUUAUUUGAUAUAUAUUUUAGAUCUUUCGAAGAAGUCUCUUAAUAAUGUAUAUCUACUUCGACAAGUAGCUAACCUUGAAAAUGAAUUGUAAAGAAAUGAAGAGGAGUUAAAGCAACUUAAAAAGAACAACAAAAAUUCUUAGAAUUUCGAUAAAACAACUUAGUAAUUAAUACUCAAAGAUAGGGAAAUCCUACAUCUCUAAUCAGUCGUCGAGAGAUUAGAGGGUAUGAAUAGACAGCUGCAAUAAGAAUGUGAUAGAUUGGCUGCUAAAAUAUAAUUAACUUCACAUGAGAAUUCAUUAUUGAGUAAAACCAAUCGAGAAAUUAAUCAAAUGGGUCGUUUAAUUUUAGAAGGUUAAUAGAUAAAAGAGAUGCUAGAAAAGAAAAAGUAUGAAAAACCAUUAACAAUUACGAAUAACAAGGCUCCUCAAGUGAUUUAAUAACUACAAUAACAUAGUAGAAGACCUUCUGUUAAAAAACCUUGA